AUGACAUUGGAAGAUGUUGCUCAUAUAUUUGGCCUACCCAUUGAUGGAGAGCCUAUGAGUGGAUGGACAGAUAGUAGUGGCGACUUCUUGCAGAACCAGAGCAUCGCGAUAUUCGGUCGUGAACCAGGAGUCAGUCAUUCUUCGAAAUCCUAUAUGAAGCUGACUUGGGUUCGACGUAUCAGAGACGCAGAGCCAUUGGACAAUAAGGAGUCCAUUAGGAGAUACGUCAGAUGUCAGAUCUUCUGUUUGUUAGGGUCGACCCUAUUCACGGAUAAGUCAACCGCAUACGCCCACGCGAAGUAUCUACCGUUGCUUUUCGAUUUCAUGCGGAUCCAUACUUAUAGUUGGGAGUCAGCAUGUCUCGUACAUCUUUACAGAGCAUUAUUCCGUGCACCACGAUAUGAUAGAAAGGAGAUGGAUGGACCUCUUAAUCUAUUGUUUGUUUGGGCAUGGGAGCGAAUGCCAUGUAUUGCACUCGUACUGAGACAAACCCUUCAACUGGCUGAGAUACCAGUUGCCAUGAGGUGGAGUCAUUCGAAACGGACCACAGCGUAG